GCCUUUGUGAGAAAAUAUAAAAUCGAUUUUUCAGUGCUUUAUAUAACCUUCUCUGGCAACACUUCUAUUCUCGUAUCGUUUCUCUUUGGUAGAGUUACUGAUUCAAGAGUUAACUUAAAAACUUGUUUUCAAAUAGUGCGCCACUUUGGACACUUGGUGAGGAGCAUAUAUAUUGAUAUCGACUCAACAAAGAAAAAGGGUUUAGUUAACAGCAAAUUUUACGAUUUAAUUUUAAAUAACGUAAACGAUUACUGCAUUAAUAUGUGGAGUAUCGGUAUUAAAGGUAUAACAAUUUUGAAUAAAUUCCAGAAACCAUUUUCAAAGGUUGUAUGCAUUUUUUUGGAGGGUUGUAGCUUGGGACCAAACAGUAUCGAUUGGCUUUUUCCAAAUAUGGAAUUAUUACGUUACAAAGCUGUCAAUGUUUCACAUGGAAAACGGAGCAAUUCAUGCUCAAAAUCCAUUGAGACAGUCUGCCGAUUGAAUCCACAAUUGAAAUAUUUCGAAGUGCACUUGGGGUCAGGAUUGAAUAUGCAGCUACUUGCAGACUUGAGCAAGUAUUUACAAUCACUUGCUAGUCUCAAAAUAUAUGUAAACUCCAAGGAAGAUCUAUACUACGAAGGGGAUACAAUUCAUUUUAAAAGUUUGAAUUAUUUCGAUAUUAAUUUGAAACUAAAGGGAGAUGAAUUAUUUCCCAAAAUUCCAUUUUCAUCCGAUCGACUGAAAAGUUUAGAGAUUCGCACAAUUUAUCGAUACAGCGAUGAACUCUUCAAAUUUAUCAGCAACCAUCCAACAAUUGAUACUUUAAGAUUUUGGAGUUAUAUGUACAUAGAUGAGAUGAAUGUAAAGAAAAUUGCAAGUGUAUUACCAGCAUUAAAGAUAAUAGACUUUUAUGAUGAAUAUUCAUUCGAAGAGGUGUGCGAUUGCUUGACUGAAUUCAAAUUGUUGAAAAGAUUUAAAUUCAGAUUAAAAGAUGAAAAUAAAUUAGAUGAUUUACGUGUACGCUUCGGAAACGAAUGGCAGAUAUCAAAAACUAUAGCAAAUUUUAUCGAGAUGAAACGAACAAAUUCGAAUACAUCUAUAUUUUUUCCACAAAUAAUAUUUUGCUGCAUACUUUAUGAGCCAUAA